AUGACGGCGUCGAGCGACGACGCGACCGUGGAACAAGAGGACGAAGAGGACGAGGAUGCACGCUUGCGCUUCAUCCUUCGACUCGCCGGGACGUGCCGCGACGGCGGCGAGGGCGACGUCCACGGUUUCGCCUCUGGGUCUAGACGAGCGGUGCUGGAGUUUCUCGAUAAAGGUCGCGACGAAGUGCUCGUGCUUAAAUUUCGAGAGCGCGUCAUCGACGAGGUGAAGCCUUCAAAAGCGCUCACGGAUACAACGAACGCGUGCGAACCGAUGAGAGACGUCGGAGGAGGGAGACAGAACGACUCAAUGCGCGGGACGCUCGAGCUCGUCGCGGGCGCAAGCGAUGGUCAAGAACCCGUGUUGUUCCUCGUGCGACCAGAUUCUCUGCACGACACGACUUCAAUCGAUUUAGAAGCGCUAUCGAACGCGAUGUAUGGGUUUUACCCUCACGGCGCGUCUUUGGGUGAGCUUCACGCGACUUUGAGGUAUUCCUUCCUCUCUGCAAUCGAAUCGAGCGAGGCCGCCGAGAGUCGAUCCUUUGCAAAACACAUUCGCGAGUUCAUCGAUCGGGUAUCCGUUAGCCCGACCACACUUCGAGAGCGAAAUUCGUUUAGCUUCAGUGUCGGCGCUAACGGUCAACGUGCACUCGCAGAAGUCGAUCCUGAGACAGCGAGUGAUGAUGACAAUUUUGUGCGACAGGUGGAAGCAGCAUUGGCUGAGUGGUGUGAAGUCAUGUCAGCAGCGAAGGCGCGCAACGAACACGAUCCAGGAGUAAAGGGAGAUAGUGUACACGAAGGGCCUCUCGUGGAGAUUCGUCUCUGGCGCGCUCGCAACAACGAUCUAUCCGGCUUGAUCAAGCAGCUCGAAGACCCAGGAAUGCAAGUCGUCUUGGACGUGUUGCAUAGAUUCGCCACCAAACGCCCCGACUCGUCCGAUGAUUUCACUUCUCGAGUCUGCGGGGUUCUGGAAUCAUUUCAAUCGUUGCGCGGUGAACUUAUGCAUUUGCACAACGUAAGCUCGGAUAACAUAAAGUUCCUGUCAACUCUCGAGAAGCAUUUUCAUGUGCUUAGCUACGGAUGUCUGCGAGACGUGCUUCGAACUAUCGCAUCGACAGUUCGGGCGCUACGAUUGGUCUGGGUGAUUUCACACCACUAUAAUGAUGAUUCACGCAUGGGGACGCUGCUUGCGAGGCUCUCCGAUGCGCUCGUCCAUCGCGUUCGUGGAUGUGUGUGCUAUCAAGAGCUCUUUACAAAGGUGUCCGGCGGAGAGGACUUGUGUGAGGUGCUUCGAGACGUGACGCUUGCGCAGAUGAUAAUGAGCUCAUGGAAAGAAGAAUACUCAAAAACCCGAGAAGAGAUUGAGCGAUCAAACAGAGAUUCGAGGUGGGAGUUUGAUCGGGACCGUUUGUUUUCAAAAUCAGAUUAUGUCGCGGGCGUGAGCAAACACUUGGGUGAAAUGAUUGUGGUCAUCAACGAUUUUCGCAAUUUUCUAAGUCCUCGAUUGAAAAAGCUGACGUUAGACGCCGACGGUGUGAAUGACAUCUCUGCGAGAGUUGAUGCACUUUGCCUGAGCAUCAAGAUGUCUCAAGUGGAUAUAUUUGAUGUGUCGCAAGCGGAGAGUUGGAAGUCCAUGCACAAAUCGUUCAUAAUGGAGAAGACUCGAAUCGAACGCGUGUUGUGCAACUUUAUCGAUGCAUGUUUCAAACGCUUACGCAGCAGUUCAGACGCGUUGGAGCUAGUGAAGGAGCUGAAGAAGACAAUGAACUCACAAACUAGCGAAUCAUCGCCAACGGGAUCGACUCGUAAGAUGCUCAACAACCAAAUCAUUGGUAAAAUGCAAGAUGUUUUAGAGCAGUUUUCGAGAGAGAUCGAUUCGGCGAGGCAUACGUUUAACACAAAUCGCCGCUCUCCUCCGCUAAAUCGGGACCAACCGCCUGUAAGCGGCUCAGUGCACUGGGCGCGGGCGCUGUUUUUCAAACUUCGAUGCACGAUGCGACUAUUUUCGGAGUGCGUGGCGGAUCAGCAAUCGAUUCGAAAUACUCCGGUAUCGCAAGAAGUAAACGCCAAAUUCCUCGCUUUGGCAAAAUUAAUGCUCAAAUAUGAGAAGCAGCGCGCAAAGACGUGGAAUGAUGAGAUCAAAACGACUUUGUCCUCCAGCUUGACGCAGCCCAUUUUGCGCAAGGACGCGACUGGAGAACUGGUCAUUAAUUUUCGACCCGAGCUGAUCACGUUAAUCAAAGAAACGCGCGGUUUAGAGCGUCUGGGAUUUGUUAUUCCAGCAGAAGCGCGCGGUGUGGAACUUCAAAGCGAAAAGUAUGGCGUUUACCGGGGUAUACUUGGUAAAAUGCUCUCUCGUCGACGAGACGUAUUGGAUUCUCUUUCGUCACUCGAGACGCAAAUUUUCCACACACGCAUCGAGGCUUUGGAUGGCGCAUCACUGCAGCGCGGUACGAGGACAUGCAACUGGAACUCGUUGAGCGUCCCUGAUUUUGUUGCGGCGUACACGAAGGAAUUGGAUGAGUUUGCAGCGAUGCUCAGCGCGAUGCGAGCAACCGAUUGUGACAUUGAAAGAGCGGUCGGUCGCAUUUCUGGGGCUUCUUUCUUCGACAUUACAAAAAUAAUCGAUUCAGACAGACAAAUUACAAGUGGCGACUUCUUCGCACGGCUCGCCACGCAAUGCAACGUAGUUUCCUCUAACAUCAGAGAUGAAUAUUUGGGAAUCAUGCGAUUGUUGUUGAAAGUUGAGGAGAUUGUCCAUGGCUCGAGCACGGGUAAAGUGGUGCAUCUCAAGGAAUACUACGCGCGCUGGGAAAACGCGAUAUACGAAGCCCUAAUCUUGGCUACCGAGCGAGCCAUCGCUGACAUGGAAGAGCAAUUCAACAAGUCGGCGAUCUACGAUUAUGCAAUCUUUAAGUUGGACAUUUGCUUACGUGCGGGGGAAAUUGUGUGCGACCCGCCGCUGAAGGAAUUGUCACGUUCUAUCAUGCACGCGGCAAAGUCUAUCGCUCGCAGCGUUUCCGUUCUCGGUCGCUGGAUGGAUGGCACGUGCUUGGAAGUUCCAGAGCAGAAAGUCGCCUCGAGUUCGGAUGUGAGCUUGUCGGCACUCCUCGCUAUGGAAAUUGGCGAUGGCAUGAAUACACUGGCACGAACGUUCAACUUCGGUAACGAAAUUUUAGAGAAUGAGCGCGUGCAUGAUGCGCUUAUGUCACUUAGCAAUACCACAAAUAUUUGUGUGGGUGAAAUUCGCCGACACAUGGAGAUUUGGAAACGUCAUCAAGCAGUUUGGAAGGCUGAUCAGCAGAGCGUCAUUCACGAGCAUGUCAAAGACAUGAGUGCGCUGAGGCUUCAGCGCACCUUCCUACAGUAUGAGGAUACGAUUCGGGCGAUGGAGGAGGAGAGCUGUAUUAGCGUGGGUUCCGUACACGUGAGCGCGAAAAAUCUUGCAGAUGUCGUGAAAGAUAUGAGCGUGCGGUGGAUAGAGGAAAUUGGUGCAGCGACGUACAAUGUAGACGUCGAGCUGAUGAACAAUGUUUACGAUCGUCUAGAUGCGAUCAUGAAGAUAUUUUCAACAAACCCAGUCGGCUUCAAGGAGGUGAAAUCGUUGUUGGAGGCAAUACGAGACGUGCGCGAAGAUACGCAAACCGAAUUUUUCGCGAGCUGUGUCAUUCGCCGUUUCAUCGUGAGGACGAAGCACAAAAUUGAACAAGAUCCGUCAAACCAAUAUCGUGCGAUGAUGAUGAUCCCGACGUUUUCGAAACUACGUGAGCGCGCUACCAGUGUUUGCGAUGAAGCGUGUGCACAAGUUUCAGAGUGCAAGAUAGAACUGAGGAAGAUGGUACGGGAAUUUCAGGAAGGUGGAAACGAUUUCGCAAAACGACUGAGAAGUCAGGGACCAACUUCGGCCGAUCUUCUCGUCAACAUCGACGCAGGAUUCAUCAUUUUCGAAUCCUUUCGAGAAGAACUUCUUAGGACGGAGAGCGUCAUGGAUGGCAUUCGAGACAGCGAGCGCGUCUUUGGUGUGGAGAGUGCAGUGUUUGAAUCGCUUGAGCUCGCACGCAUCGACCUGGAAUCCAUGGCGAAGAUUUACGAGUGUCGACGAGCGUAUCAGCAUCAGUUGCAGCAAAUUCAAGAUGUACGGAUCACAGAUAUCGUGACCUCUAACGUACAAUCGAGUGUGGUAAAUGUUGGCAGGAAAUUGCUGACAAAACUUCCAGAAGCUCUACAAUCUCAUCGUCUUUUGCUCGCCGUACAAGACGAAAUCAGUAAUAUCGAGGUCGACUUGAAUCUUAUUGAGGACUUGAAGUUUGACGGGUUUCGUCCUAGACACUGGAUUAAUGUUUUUCGUGUCGUUGGAUUUGAGGACGAAACCGCUGAACCUGCGCAAUUCACGAUGCAAACUCUUCUUCGAAUGAAACUACAUUCGCACGCGCAAAAAAUCAUGGACAUCACCGCUGCGGCGGAGAAGGAGCUGAAAAUAGAGAACGAUUUGAAUGCCAUAGAUAAGUCGUGGCGAGAAAUGCGAUUCGAUCUGAAACCGUAUUCAAAGGGGAAGAGUAAGAAACACUCGCAACCGACGCACGUGCUGUGCGCUGUUGAAGAAAUAUCGCUCGCGUUGGAGGACACCGGUUUGACUCUCCAGAGUAUGUCUGCAAGCCGACACUCCGAUCCGCUCAUCGAUGUUGUCCGCGAGUGGGAAGCUACACUUGCUUUAGUCGGCAACGUUUUACAAGUAUGGACAGAUACGCAACAGCGCUGGAUGUACUUAUUGAGCAUUUUUGGUGGUUCGGAUGAUAUUCGCAUGCAGCUCCCUGAAGAGGCGGAUCAUUUCGAUGACGUGGACACUAAAUUUCGAAAAUUGAUGUCUGAAACGGUGAAGACGAAGUUCAUACUGGAUAUAUGCAGAGCAGAAGGGCGGCUCGAACUACUCAAGGACUUACGCGCCGAACUUGAAGUUUGCCAGAAGAGCUUAAGCCAGUAUUUGGAUACAAAGAGAGAUGCCUUUCCGAGGUUCUUCUUCAUCUCAGACGAAGAGCUACUCUCAAUCCUAGGAGCUGUAGAUCCGACUUCGAUCCAAGAACACAUGUUAAAGUUGUUCGAUAACUGUGCAAACUUGUCGUUCAGUUCAGAUAAGUCAUCUAUAGUCGGUAUGAGUUCGGCUGAGGGAGAGUCGUUCAAGUUCAAAUCGCCGGUGAAAAUCCAGGGACCAGUGGAGGAUUGGAUGUCGGCGGUGGAGGAGGAAAUGCGAGCGACGCUGCGCGCUCUUUGCAAGUACGGCGUCGCGCGAUAUAUGACUUGUGAGCGUGAAGAUUGGAUCAAAGAGCAACUCGGAAUGAUCACGCUCGUCGGAUCGCAGAUUUGGUGGACAUGGGAGGUGCAAAGUGUCUUCAAGGCGAUUAGCGCUGGCGACAAACUUGCGAUGAAGAAAUACAGCGAUAAAUUGUCGUCUCAGCUUCACAUUCUCACGAAAAUGGUACGCGGCGAACUGAGUUCGAACGAACGGAAAAAAGUGAACACACUCAUUAUCAUUGACGUGCAUGCUAGAGAUAUUGUCGACUCGUUUCUGCGAGAUUCAAUUCUAGACGAAGCAGACUUUGCUUGGGAGUCGCAGUUACGAUUCAAGUGGGACAAAUCACGCGAUGACAUCGUCAUCAAUCAGUGCAGUGGCGAAUUCAAGUACGGCUAUGAGUACAUGGGCCUGAACGGGCGUCUCGUCAUCACCGGCUUGACAGAUCGAUGUUACAUCACUCUAACAACGGCGCUCACGUACCGUCUUGGUGGCGCUCCGAGCGGGCCCGCAGGGACGGGCAAAACGGAGACCACCAAAGACCUGGCCAAGUCCAUGGCGCUACUUUGCGUCGUCUUCAACUGUGGCGAGGGUCUCGAUUACAAGGCCAUGGGCGCAAUCUUUAGCGGCCUCGUUCAGUGCGGCGCUUGGGGUUGCUUUGACGAAUUCAAUCGCAUCGAGGCUGAAGUACUGUCAGUCGUUUCAUCUCAAAUUAAGCAGAUUCAAGAAGCCUUGAAACAUAAUCUUACUCGAUUCCACUUCGAAGGCAAAGAAAUUAAAUGUGAUUCACGUACAGGCGUAUUUAUCACAAUGAACCCAGGUUAUGCCGGCCGAACCGAACUCCCGGAUAAUUUGAAGGCUCUCUUCCGUCCCGUGACGAUGAUUGUUCCAGAUUUAGAGCAGAUUUGUGAAAUCAUGCUGUUUAGUGAGGGUUUCAACGCGGCGAAGACGCUCGCGAAAAAGAUGACCAUGUUGUACCGGCUCGCGAAAGAACAACUCAGCAAGCGGUCACACUACGACUUCGGUCUAAGAGCCCUUAAAUCGGUUCUCGUGAUGGCUGGAGGCUUGAAACGCGAUUCCCCAGAACUCAGCGAGGAAGUAGUCCUCAUGCGAGCGCUACGAGACAUGAACUUACCAAAGUUCGUCUUCGACGACGUUCCUCUGUUCUUGGGGCUCAUAAACGAUCUUUUCCCCGGAAUCUCGUGCCCCCGAGUCCGUUACCCGACUCUUAAUGAUGUCAUUGAGCGUGAUUUGGCAGAGCGCGGCUAUCAGGUCAUGACAGGUCCCGGAGAGCAGGUGGACAAAAUAAUACAACUGUACGAAACAAUGCUCACGAGGCAUACGACCAUGCUCGUUGGUGAAACCGGUGGCGGUAAAUCGGUUAUAUUAGAAACCAUCGCUCGAGCGCAAACCACGAUCGGCAGAAAUACAAAGUUGCACAUUCUGAAUCCCAAGGCGCAAACGGUUUCCGAGUUAUACGGCGAGUUGGAUCCAGACACUAGAGAUUGGACGAACGGACUCCUUUCGAACAUAUUCCGUGACUGCAACAAACCCCUCGCAAAUGGACGAGAGAAUGAUUUGAAAUACAUCGUGUUCGACGGUGACGUCGAUGCAGUUUGGGUUGAGAACAUGAAUAGCGUCAUGGAUGAUAAUCGAUUACUCACGUUACCUAACGGUGAACGCAUUCGUCUUCAGGAUCAUUGCAAACUUCUAUUUGAAGUCGCAGAUUUGAAGUACGCGUCACCGGCGACAGUCAGCCGAUGUGGAAUGGUUUACGUGGACCCGAAAAAUCUAGGAUACAAACCUUUUCUCAAGACAUGGACGGCGAGUGUGAACACACGGCACCGCGAGCCGCUUACAUGCAUGUUUGAGAAAUACAUGGAUAAAAUGACAGCUUUUUGCUAUGAGGGAGCAGAUUUGGAUGGAAGUGUCACUGCCCUGAUCAAGACAUCCAUAAACCGUCCGGUAAUCUCGGUGAUCAAGCAGUUUUGCAUUCUGUUAGGGAACUUUCUUGAUGUCAUUGACUCACAAUUAAACGACGAGGACGUGAGCGUGGCCGAAACAUACUCUUCUACCCUGGAAUCGGCUUUCAUUUUCUGUUUAGUUUGGUCUUUUGGAGCUACCGUGGUAGAAACAGCAGGGAAAUCAGACCGCGCUCGAUUCGAUGACUUUGUCAGACGACUCGCAGACGUGGGUGAUACGUUGCCUCGAGAGGAGACGUUGUACGAUUACGGCUUCAACAUUGAACAGAAUGCGUGGUACGAUUGGAAAAGCCUCACGACGCCUCUCACCUUGCAGCCAAACACGGCGUUCUCCUCGAUAUUAGUCUCUACGGCCCAUACGGCGAGGACGAACUGGCUCAUGGACGUCAUGUGCUCUUGCAACGCCAACACGCUCCUCACCGGCGACAGCGGUACCAGCAAAACAGUGGUGGUGAAAAACUACUUGCAAGAACGCUUGAAGGACGGCAAGACGAACACGUUGACGAUCAACUUUAGUUCACGCACAACCGCAAACGAUGUUCAUAGUUCGAUAAUGGAUUCAGUUGAGAAGCGCACCAAGGACACGGUAGGUCCCCCCCUAGGCAAGCGGCUCUUGUGCUUCAUUGAUGACUUGAACAUGCCUGCCGUAGACAAGUACGGCACGCAGCAACCGAUCGCACUGCUCAAGCUCAUGCUCGAUCGUGGCGGCACGUAUGAUCGCGGAAGAGACUUGAACUGGCUUCAUAUGAAAGAUAUUCAGUACAUAGCGGCGAUGGGGCAUCCCGGUGGCGCACGAAGCGACGUGGAUGCUCGUUUCGUAUCCAUGUUUCAAGUAUUUGAGAUGCAGACACCCGACGAGAGUAACCUGAAGAUCAUCUACGGCUCAAUAAUCGAAAACACUUCAAAGACGUUAGACAUACGUCGAGACACGCGGGAGCUCAUAGUGAACAUGACUUUGGAUCUAUACAAGAGUGUCAUCUCAAAACUAUUGCCCACGCCGAGUCGAUUCCAUUACGUAUUCAAUCUCAGAGAUCUGAGCCGAUUGUUCGAAGGAAUGUCAAAAGCGACGCCAUCAACGAUUCGGAAUGCAAAUGAACUUUUAAGACUCUGGCGAAACGAGGCGACUCGCGUGUUUCACGACCGACUGAUCUCUGACGAAGAUCGGUCCUUCGUGCACAGCAAGAUAUCGUCGCUGAUUCAUCACAGUUGCACAGAUGAGUACGAGUCCGUCUCAGCGAACCCGAUUCUGUUCGCAGAUUACGCUCCUGAGUGUACAAACUCCGACGUGGACGAAUUUGGCAACGAUGAGAUGGGCGAAAAUAUUUCAAAGGAGCGUGUGCGCGUAUACCAAGACGUUGGCGAUUAUGCGAAGGUCAAACCAUGGUUCGAAGAGCUGGUCAGUGUACACAACGGUAAAUUGAAAGACGGUUCGGCACCGACAGAAUUGGUGCUUUUCGACCAUGCAUUAGAACAUCUCACGCGUAUUCAUCGCGUUCUACGCACUGAAAAUGGUCAUGCGCUGUUGGUUGGAGUCGGUGGUAGUGGCAAACAAUCGCUCGCACGUCUUGCCGCUGAAAUGGCUCACUGCGAAGUGUUUGAAAUUACGCUUACGCGCGGUUACGACGACGAAACGUUUCGCGAUGACCUAAAAAAGCUUUACAACACUCUCGGCGUGCAGAAUAAAGCAACGAUGUUCCUGUUCACAGAUAAUCACGUCGUCGAAGAAGGCUUUUUGGAAUUGAUCAAUAACAUGCUCACAACCGGUAUAGUUCCAGCGCUGUUCGCAGACGAAGAAAAAGAUGCUCUAGUGAACGCGAUCCGAGAAGACCUACAUGCUAACAAGGUACCAGUCACUCGUGACGAAGGAUGGAGAUUUUUCAUCUCGCGUUGUCGCGCGAACCUGCACAUCGUUCUCGCAAUGUCUCCCGUGGGUGAUAUGCUGCGGCAUCGCUGCAGGAACUUUCCUGGUCUAGUCAAUAACACCGUCAUCGAUUGGUUCACAGAGUGGCCGAAGGAAGCUUUGUUGGAAGUCAGCAACUCGUUACUCUCGACCGUCAGUUUGCCCGAAGAGUUCAAGGAGAAAAUCGACUCACACAUUGUCUACACUCAUUGCGCCGCCAUAGCGCUGAACGAAAAGUUCAAGUCUCGACUGGACAGGCACAAUUAUGUCACGCCAAAACACUACUUGGACUUCAUUGCGUCGUACAAAACGGCACUGAAUGAACAACGCACGUCGAUCGAUAACUCAAUCAAACGUCUCAGUGGAGGUCUCGAAAAGUUGAUACAAGCGAGUGCAGAGGUGGACGUGAUGCGAACAAAAUUGAACGACGCGCAAGUUGUGGUGACUCAGCAAGCGACAGAGUGUGAUGCGCUGCUCGAGCGCAUCACCACGCGCACGGCUGAAGUUGAGACAAAAGCAGAAAAUGCAUCGAAUAAAGAAGAGGAACUGAUAAAAGACUCGGAACGAAUCGCAAAGGAGAAAACAGAGGCUGAGGCUGAUUUAGAAGCAGCGAUUCCCGCGCUUGAAGAAGCAGCCGCUGCGUUGAAUAAUCUCAAGAAGGACGAGAUUACGGAAAUUCGAUCAUUCGCGAAGCCGAACAUUGUGGUUCAGCGUGUAUGUGAGUGCGUGAUGAUUUUAAAAGGUUUACCCAACGUUUCAUGGUCUGGCGCGAAGGGGAUGAUGGCGGAUACAAACUUCUUGCGGUCUCUCGUUGAAUUCGACAAGGACGGGAUCAAGGAGAAGCAAAUGAAAGCGAUCCGAGAGUACACAAAAGAUUCUAAAUUCAAUCCGGAAGAGGUAACAAAAAUUUCGACGGCCGGUGCUGGGUUGCUGAAAUGGGUAUUCGCCAUGAUCAACUACAAUAAGGUCGCUCGAAUGGUAAACCCGAAAAGAGCGGCGGUGGCGAAUGCAGAGAAGACAUUGAGUAUCAAGGAAGUCGAGCUCGUCGAAACCAAGAGUGAAUUAAAAAGUUUGCAGGAAGAACUCAAACAGCUGAGCACACAAUUCGAAGAAAAGAGCGCUCGCCAACAAGAUCUAAAGCAAAGCGCCGAACUCAUGGCGAAUCGCCUCAACGCCGCCGAAAGGUUGAUUUCUGGGCUCGCCAGCGAGAAAGUCAGAUGGACCAACGAGAUGCAGGAGUUGAGCACGCGAAAAGAACGCUUAAUAGGCGACUGUUUGCUCACAUCUGCAUUCUUAUCGUACGCGGGACCAUUCACAUUUGACUUCCGUCGACAAUUUGUGCACAAUCAUCUGCAGGAACAUUUACGCAGCCUAGGCGUGCCGAUGAGUGAACCAUUCAAACUUCAAGCGCUCCUCACGGAUGAAAACGAAAUAAACUCAUGGUUUGCAGAAGGACUACCAGGCGAUGAACUCAGUGUGCAGAAUGGUAUGCUUACAAUGAGGGCUGGAAGGUUUCCUCUAUGCAUCGACCCGCAAAUGCAAGCGGUGAAGUGGAUCAAAUCGCGAGAGGGAGCGCUGCUCGACGGCAAGGUGAAACGGCAAACGGAUGCGGAUUUCCUGAAGCAACUCGAACUGGCCAUUCAGUAUGGUCUUCCUUUUUUGAUUGAGAAUCUUGGUGAGUACAUCGAUCCGGUGUUGGACCCAGUAUUGAAAAAGAGCUUUUAUUACGCGCCGAACGGCGCUAAGAUGAUCAAACUUGGUGAUUCCGAAGUUGAGUGGGACGAAAACUUCCGGCUGUACAUGACCACCAAGCUACCAAACCCUCACUACGAUCCUGAUGUCACGGGAAAGACCAUCAUCAUCAAUUACUCCGUGACCGAGCUCGGACUGCAAGAGCAACUGUUGAGCGUCACUGUAAAACAGGAACGACCAGAUCUCGAGACAGAACGAGAGAAACUUGUCAAAGAGACAGUCGCGAAUCGAGCUCUGCUGAAAACGUUGGAAGACACUCUGCUUCACGAACUAUCUACCGCGCAAGGCGAGAUUGUCGAUAAUGUUGAGCUCAUUGAAACACUUGAGAGCGCAAAGACAAAGUCGAUUGAAAUUUCUGAAAAACUUGUGCUUGCUGCGAAGUCUGCGAACGAGUUGAACCAAGCGCAAUUGUGUUACUCGCCAGUUGCGAAGCGCGGUGCGAUUCUCUUUUUCGUCAUAUCUGCGUUGUCGAAUCUCAACGCAAUGUACGAGUAUUCUCUUUCGAGCUUUUUGGAUGUGUUUUGUAACACUCUCGUGGUCACGCCGACAUGCGACAAUUUGCACAAGCGCUUAGCUGAUCUAGUCGACAGGUUGACUUACGACGUGUAUAGGUUUGCAUGUUUGGGCCUCUUCAAGCGCGACAAACUCGCGCUUUCGUUUCAGAUGACGACUCGUAUCCAGGAAGGACAAGGCAGAUUAAAUGUGAAGCUCUUGCAAUUCUUUCUGAAAGGGUGUGUGACGCUCGACGAUGCUUCAGAAACGUCGCAACCGAUCGAGUGGUGGUCAGAGCGCGGUUGGCAGGACUUGAUACAUCUAAGCAACGAAGUCGCCAAACGCGAUGGAGGCUGCACCGCACUAACGGAGAUCACCAGUCGCAUUGAGCGCAACGCGUGCGAGUGGAGAGAGUGGUAUGAUUGCGAGAAACCAGAAGCGACUUCGUUACCUGAUGACUUCUCGGACAAACUCUCGGAACUUGAACGUCUCUGCCUGUUGCGAUGCGCGCGGUUAGACAGAGUGCCUAUGGCGGUGUCGAAUUACAUCGUGAAGACCAUGGAUGUGAGAUUCGUUACACCGCCGAUUUCUGAUUACAAUGCCAUCUUCAAGCUAUCUUCUAAGUUAACGCCCGUGGUUUUCAUCUUGUCUCCCGGAGCAGAUCCCGCGUUUGAUAUAUUCGCUCUGGGUGAAGCAAUGGGAUUCAAGCCCGGCGGUAAACUGAAGUUCAUGGCUCUAGGCCAGGGCAUGGGUCCAAAGGCGGAGGAGCUCAUUCUCACGUGCGCAUCACGAGGCCUGUGGCUCAUGUUGCAAAACUGCCAUCUGCUACCCAAAUGGCUCGCGACGCUCGAGAAGGUCAUCGAUGGCUUGGUAAAUCCACACAAAGAUUUCCGUCUGUGGCUCACGACCGACCCCAUCGCGACGUUCCCGAUUGGAAUUUUACAACGAAGCCUCAAGGUUGUGACAGAACCGCCUGAUGGGCUUAAAAUGAACAUGAAAGCCUCAUACGGGAGGUUGUCCGAAGACGUUUUGGGCAGUUGUCGAAACCCAUUCUUCAGAGCACUGGCAUACGUACUCGCAUUUUUUCAUGCCGCGGUGCAAGAAAGGCGAAAAUACGGCAAACUUGGUUGGAACGUGGCGUAUGAUUUCAACGAGACGGACUUCCGAAUCUCCUUCAGCCUAAUCAAGGCGUAUUGCGACAAGGUAAGAGGCGACCGAAACGGUUCGAGAAUGAUACCUUGGACCGCAUUAAAAUAUCUUAUUGGUGAGGCGAUGUACGGAGGGCGUGUGAGUGAUCAUUACGAUCGUCGAGUGCUCAACGCAUACUUGGAGGAGUACUUUGGCGACUUCUUAUUUGAUGGAUUGCAAAAGUUCAUGUUCUACGACGACGAAGAGAACGGUGGAGUGCGAUACGAGCUACCGGCAAAGAAUAUGACGUACGACGAGCAGCUUUGCGUCAUCGAUGCUCUCCCCGACGUGCAAACACCGGAGGUUCUAGGAUUACACGCCAACGCCGAUGUCGCUCACUCCACUCGAGCGGCGAAAGAAUUAUGGUCCAACGUGCUUUCGCUUCAGAGCAAACUAGAGGUGGCCGCAAGCGAUGUUGAUUCUGAUAAAAAUAAUUCCCAAGACAUGACACUCGUCAUAGCUUGCGAGAUUCUCAAAGUAGUGACGAAUGAAGAGUUUGAAUUUGACACCGCGAAACUUCAGCGAGGAUUCGAUGGGGAAACGCCCUCGCCGACGACGGUGGUGCUGUUUCAGGAAAUUGAGCGUCACAAUUAUCUGAAAAUAGUAAUUCAACGCUCACUGAGAGAACUCAUCAAGGCUUUGAAAGGGGAAAUAGGAUCUUCUCGGGAGCUCGAUGCAGUCGCCGAUGCGCUCUCAUGUGGAUAUCUUCCUGACGAGUGGAAAGCGGCAGCACCACCCACGGAUAAAGACGUGCAAUCUUGGAUGACGUGGUACAAAACUCGUGAAAAACAGUUCAAGUCGUGGGCGCUCGAAGGCGAGCCGAAGGUGAUGUGGCUAAGUGGUCUGCAUUGUCCGGAGACGUACAUCGCCGCGCUCAUUCAGAGCGCUUGUCGCGCGAGAGGUUGGCCCCUCGACGCGUCCGCCAUGUACACGGAAGUCACGGAAUUCAUCUCCGUAGACGAUGUCGAAGAGAAACCAGAGUUAGGAUGCUUAAUCUCUGGCCUGUUCUUAGAGGGCGCGGUGUGGGACCUCGAUCGAAGGGUCCUGACGCAACCCAGCGACAAAUGUCUCGUCAGCGAGCUCCCGAUUCUCCGUCUCGUCCCGUACCGUCGGUCUUCGACAGAUCUCGGCGGUGCGUCGAGCGAUGCCAACACCAACGUAAACACUUUCAAGACUCCCGUGUACUUCACCCAAAACCGCCGCGACGCCAUGGGUCGAGGUCUCGUCUUUGAGGCUGACUUGGGUUCGCAGGACCACGCGAGCGCCUGGACGCUUCGAGGCGUCGCCCUCGUUCUCAAUAUCGACGCGUAG